AUGCUUGGCGUGAGGACCGAUGCAAUGUGGGACGAUACGUUUUCCUGGUCUCAGAACUUCAGCUUGGAUUUCUUCGGAGACCUGGACGUGAGCCGCUUCCUGAAAACAGGGCAGGAACUUUACUCGUCCGAGCACCUGGGGCGAAUCCUCAGGGACAACAUGGGUGAUCUGACUUUUCUGGAGGCCUUCGACAGGACCGGCCGCAUCAUCAACAUUACGGUGAGUGGCCUCCCGGGCAACACGAGGUACCCAAUGCUGCUGAACUACUUGACCAGCCCACAUGUGCUGGUCUGGAACCUUUCCGCGUUUCAGGGCUUCUGCGCCUUCACGCAGGGCCUGCGCAGCAAAAUCCUGGACCACACCGGGUGCCUUGAUCACUGGGCCUUUUCAUUCACGGGUGAGCAAACUGUGGAGGUGUCGCUUGUUGCUUGGCCGGCUGUUGUCUUUGGCUAUGGCGCGGGAAAGACACGAGGUACUGCACGGAGAAGCACCGAUCAGAGCGUCCUUCUUCAAGUGCGCAUGGGCGGACGACUCGAAAGAGGACGAGCUCUGAAUCUGCUCCAUCGGCUGGGCAAAGUCAGCCAGUCCCUCACGGAGGAUGAACUCCGAGCAGCUAUUGACGUGCUCGCAGAUCCACUGGAAGGCCUUUUGCGCGACGCAGCAGAGGUCGACGCCAGAACUCUGAGCAGAUUGACAGUGUCCAUCGCGCGAGUGCAUCUGCGGUUACCAUCUGCACGGCUACAAAGACUGGCUGAACACAGCAUCCAAUUGCUCACGAGAAUGAAGACCGCCAAUCCUCAGGACAUCGCAAAUGCUGCUUGGGCUCUGGGAAGACUGCAGUUUUCUACCAGCUCUGCAACCUUGGCAACUGAGCUGUUGGCAAAGGUCUCUGCAGAGUUCGGCGCCGUUGACUUAGCCCAGAGUCUGUGGUCCUGUGCCGCUUUAAAGCUCCACAGUCGGCUGGCCCAGCCCUUGCUUGCCGCCGCAGCAGGGAAGUGCAGUGAGUUGUCCGUCGCUGGCCUGUCCAGUGUGAUCUGGUCUGCAGCGACAUUGGCGAUGGCUGAUGUCUGGGCCUGCCAAAGACUCGGAAACCGUGCCCAAGAGCUCGCCGACCGAUGCCGUGCGCGAGAACUCUCCAACUUGACCUGGUCUUUUGCCACACUUCGCAUGUUGACUCGACCUUUGGCCAUCAGCUUAGCAUCGCCAGCUGCGGCGGGAGCUGAGAAGUUCAAGUGUCAAGAGUUGGCCAACAUCGCCUGGGCAUUUGCUUCAGCGUCUGUGCUGACCCGAAGAGAAUUGGUGCAAACCUUCAGGAGGCUGAUGGCGAGUGCACAAACACAGGCAAGCCAGUUCAAGCCACAGGAGCUUUGCAACUUCAGCUGGGCAUUGGUUGCAGCAGAAGCGCCCUGCACGGAGUGGCUUGCAGCAGCUGCUGCCAUAUUUGAGAGCUCGCCGGCGCGCUUUAAUUCCAAGGACCUGGUGCAACUCACAUGGUGCUUUGCUCGCGCCUCUUCUGAGAGCACUGCCAUUGCUGGAGUGGCCAAUCAGGCAGUGCGAGAGCUGCGACAGCCGCUGAGCCUCCAGGACCUUGCGGAUUUGAUGUGGUCUUGUGCCAAGACACAAGUGCGAGAGAAAGCUCUGCUACAGUCCUUCACCCAGUCGUUCCUUUCGGACGGCGCAGCGGUGUCAAGAUGCAAGCCUAUCGAACUGUCGAAUUUGGCGUGGUCCAUCGUCAAGCUGGGGCUACAUGAAGAGCAAGAGUUCUUCUUGAGCGAGCUCUGUCGUUAUUCUGCCGAGCAGAUGGCGGACUUCAAACCUGUGGAGCUCGCCAACUUGUCAUACUCGCUCGCGAGGGCUUCCAUCCGUUGUGUCGACACUUUUGCAGCUAUUGCGCGGCAGGUGGAGAAACAGCUGGAGUCGUUCACUGCCUAUGACCUCGGCUACACUGCCUGGGCGUUUGCCACGGCCAACAUUGCGAGAACAGAUCUGUUCUAUAAGAUCGCGCGGAAAUCGACAAGCAUGCUGGGUGACUUUACCGAACAAGGCUUCUCAGAUCUGGUGUGGUCCUUUGCAAUCCAAAGCGUCUUCAGCAAGGAUUUGUUCAUGGCUGUGCAGACGCGGCUACAUCAGGGCUUGGAUGAGCAAAAGUCUUCGCCCAGCACGAUAACGCAGCAUGCUGACUAUCUCAGGAGAUUGGUUUGGGCAAUGAGUUUCAGCGGCAUCUUGACCGAUCCAAUACGGGCGCAGGCCCAAAAAGCUUUCCAGGGUUUUGGUGACGAGCUUGAUGCAGAGCGUGGUUCCAGCAUCUUUGCAUGUUUCGGUCGGGCGAUUCGGAGCGGCAUCAUCUCUUCCUGCGAGCCAGGAAUUGCUUGGGAAGCUUCUGGCUUAGUCGUCCUUCACAAGCCAGCCGGCUGGAAAGUGGACACCGAAGGUGAACAGCUGGAGAAGGACGAGAAUUGUCUGCUGUCAAGCUACCAGCAGGUCUUCUUUCAAGGGCGGUGUCACCCCAUCCUCCUGGACCUGCAGCACUCCAAAGGGUUUCUUCAUCGUUUGGACAUCCCGAGCUCGGGACUGGUCACCUGCACAUUGACCUACAAGGCCUUCUGGGACCUGCAGCAACAGCUGGUCACCGGAACGUUCGCGCGAGAAUAUGUGUCGUUGUGCUAUGGCUGGGCACCGGUGGAUCUGCAACACAUCGGUGUCAACAUCUUUUGGAAUCGACGAGUGUCUUCACUGAGCAAGGUGGGGCCCCAAGGGAAGACAUCUGUCACGGAUCUCAAGGACACGAAUGUCGGAAAUGACGUCUUCCGGUGUAAAGGAGGCGGGAUGAGUUUCACAACUUUAUUGCCAGCGCAGCCACCGGCAACCAGUGUUGAUGAUUUGGAAGUUUGUUUGGUCUGCCGCGCAGUGCUCUGCGGCAGUGCCCGGCAUCUUCGAGUCACGCGAGCUCUUGGCCAAAGACCGCUUCGGGGAAAUCGUUCCGUACGUGUCAGGCGGCCUGAAGUGGCAAGAUGGAUCGAUGCAGUCCGAGAUUUGCCGAUGGCUCGACUGGCUGAACUUUUUAACGUCAAUUACUUCAUCGUCUCCCAGGUCAACCCGCAGGCGAUGCUGCUUACCGGAGGCGGCGUCGGCUCCCAAAAGGGGCCCAUCUUCCGCGUGGCGCAGUUCUUGCGGCGAGAGAUCAAGCAGUAUCUGCAGAGCACGCUGGAACUGUUCCGAGGUGCAAGUGGUCGCCAUCCUUGGCUAAGACCUGUCGGCAACACUUUGAUCGCGCUCGUGGUUCAGGACUUGCUGGGUGAUGUCACCAUCUACAAUGGCCGGGGUCUCCUCGAGUUUCCGAAGUUGCUGAAGAAUCCCACCAACGAGGUCCUGCGCACCUACACCAAGGCUUCUGAAUGGGAGACUUGGUGGCACAUACCCGAGAUUCAGAACGCCUGUGCGAUCGAGUUCGUGAUGGAUGAGAUCGUCAAGGAGCUUCUGGCGGACCUCAGAGCAUCCGAAGAGGAGAUGAGCGGUUUGGUCAGAACUCCUUCGCUGUGCUCACGCAUGCUGCCCCAGACGGGGCUUAAGAGGCCUGGCCACACGCUUCAGCAUGCGGAACAGGCGAUUAACAUGACACGAAUCGCUGGCGUCAGUUCAGCGCCGCGCGUCUUGCAUGUCAGCACCUUCGGCUCAAGAUGCUGUAGUUUUGACAUGCUGAUCUGGCGGCCGGCUGCAGAGGCAUCUUACGCCACGUCUCGCCACAUCCUAUCGUGGAGUGUGUAA